AUGCCCUUUGGCUGUCUCCCAGUGGGGGAAAAGAAGGACUACCACAGUCCCACAGAUGUGAGCGACAAGUAUGACAUGGGACAGAUCGUCAAGUCGGAGGAGUUCUGUGAGAUAUUCAGAGCCAAAGACAAAACCACCAAUAAAAUGUAUACCUGUAAGAAGUUCCUCAAGAGGGAUGGACGGAAGGUUCGCAAAGCUGCAAAGAAUGAGAUUCAGAUCCUCAAAAUGGUGAAGCAUCCCAAUAUUCUCCAGCUGGUGGACGUCUACGAGACUAAAAAGGAGUACUUCCUGUUCCUGGAGCUAGCCACAGGCAGAGAGGUGUUCGACUGGAUCCUGGACCAGGGCUACUACUCUGAGAAGGACACCAGCAACGUGGUCCGCCAGGUGCUGGAGGCUGUGGCCUACCUGCACUCACUGCACAUCGUCCACAGAAACCUCAAGUUGGAAAACUUGGUGUACUUUAACCGGCUGAAACACUCGAAAAUUGUGAUCAGCGACUUCCACCUGGCCAAACUAGAGAACGGCCUUAUCAAGGAGCCCUGUGGAACACCAGAAUACCUGGCUCCUGAGGUGGUGGGCAGACAGCGCUACGGCCGCCCGGUGGACUGCUGGGCCACUGGUGUCAUCAUGUACAUACUACUAUCAGGCAAUCCUCCUUUCUACGACGAGGCUGAAGACGAUGACUAUGAAAACCAUGACAAAAACCUCUUCAGAAAGAUCUUAGCUGGAGACUACGAGUUUGAUUCGCCUUACUGGGAUGAAAUUUCAGAUUCAGCCAAAAGUUUAGUGACCCGUCUCAUGGAGGUGGACCAGGACCAGAGGCUGACUGCGCAGGAGGCCAUUAACCAUGAGUGGAUCUCCGGUGGAGCGGCCUCAGAUAAGAACAUCAAGGAGCAUGUGUGCGCGCAAAUAGAGAAGAACUUUGCUCGAGCGAAGUGGAAGAAAGCUGUGCGGGUCACCACCAUCAUGAAGCGGCUGAGAACCCCUGACAGCGAGUCUAAGGCCCUCCCUGCAGCGGGGGCCUCAGUGGAGCCGCCCGCAGACCCCCAGGCCUGUGCGGACAGCCCUGCAGCUCUGCCCAGCUCCACAGAAGGACCCACUGUGGAGGCCAGCCUCUCACAGCCCCAGCCUCCUCUGCAGGACGUCCCAGCAGAGCCUCGCUGUAAUGGCGACACAGGCGCUCAGAGCGAGGGCGAGCAGGGCUAG